AUGGAAUACCAGGGCAUGCGCACACUUGAGAAACUCGGCGUACACAAUGCCCUAACAGACGAAGUCGGGUUCAGAGGCCCAAGUGGAAUCCCACAGAUAUUCCGCCACUGGAAAACGGACCAAGUCGUGUCCAUAGACACCCACACUAACGUCCCUAACCCCCGUCACCAUACUACCCGCUUCCACCGCGGCCAUCUACACUCUGCUCUGCUUGAGCAUGUCCCUAGAGAGUCGAUCCACUUAGGCAAGAAGAUUGUGCGCGCGGAAGCUGACCAGGGUGGUGUUUCGUUGUAUUUCGAGGAUGGGGGUAAUGCCCAUGGAGACAUCCUCAUUGGGGCAGAUGGGAUUCGAUCGAGUGUCAGACAAUCGUUCAUCCCGGAUUAUAAGCUACGGUUCAGUGGGAAGAUAUUCAUGAGGGCGACGUUUGAUGCCUCGUUGGUAGCGGGCAAGAUCCCUGAUUUGCCUGCUGAUUCGAUACACUGGUGGGGUCCUAAAGACAACUUCUUUGCGUCUCGGCUGGGCAAAGACCAGUACACUACCGUUGGAGCAUACGAUGACCCGCGCUCAGCAGAGGAAGUGGAGAAAAGCAUUUCGUGGGAUCAACUUGGCAAUGUGGAGUUCUUAAGAGAGAGAUACAAGGACUGGAAUCCCACGGUCAAAGCCCUGACAGAGCUCACACCAUCCACAAAUCUUUAUCCCAAUUUCGCAGGAGAUGCUCUCCAAAACUGGGUCUUUGGGCCGCGAGUGACUCUAGUCGGAGACGCAGCCCACGCGCACGGCGGUGCCUUCGCAGCCGGAGGCUCGCUGGCACUAGACGACUCCCUCGCUCUUGGCCUUGCAUUCAAAGAAGUGUUCUCUUCGAGAAAGGCCACGUUCUCAGCUAGAAAUAUCAACGAGGCAUUGGGGCUGUACAGUCAAACCAGGCAGCCGCAUACAGCUCGGUUGCUGGGUAUUGUGCACAGCCAGAUCGACAAGAAAGGUACUAUCUUUGCGACAGGCGAAGAAGAGGAUGCUGCUCUUGUUGCUCGAAUGACCGGCAGACCAAAUACGGAAUGGCUAUCGGAACACGAUGCUGAAGCUGCAUUCGACGCUGUCGUUGAACAACUGGAAGGGGCGCAGCGACAGGUACGCCUUGCUCGGCCGGAAACAAAGAUAGAUAGAGACAUCCAACCUCAGGGAAGCAAGUUAUAG